AUGUUCAAGCAAUCGAUUCGUGCUUUGUCCUCCAGAAGAUUGUUGUCUGUGACUCCCAGAACCCACAAUGCUGUGAGCGAGUUGUACAUUCAGCAGAUCAAGCAGUUUAAGCCAAGCCCAGUGAACGCUGACGCCGAGGGUGUCAAACUGUUCAAGAUGCCAGCCAAGCCAGCCAUUCCUUCUGAUGAGGUCGCUGCUGACGCAGUCCAGGCAUACGAGGCUUCCGAAGUCGAGACCGAGUCUGCUCCUACUGGUACCCCCCAGGCUGUUGAGGAGGACUGGUUUGUGUUCCCCGAGGAGGAGGACCAGCACCACUAA